AUGCAUAUUGGGACGCGUGGGUGGAAUUCAAUGGCUAUGCGUGGGUGGAAUUCAAUGGCGGAACGAAUCGACAUGAAUUGGCUUGAGCCCAAGCCCAGAGCAAGGCGUUCUCUGCCUGCUUACUUGUCGUCUACGGAUUUAUAUUCGUUUUGUGGUACUAUUAUUUCAACACCAGGAAAAACAGGCACACUUGAGGAAGAUAUGUUGAAUUGGAGGAACAAAGGCGGCUUCGGAGGUGUCUACACAGGCAUUUUGUCCGGCACAAAUGAGGUUGUGGCAGUGAAAAGAGUAUCCCAAGGAUUUAAACAGGGCAAAAGGGAAUAUGUUUCAGAGGUCACCAUUACCAGCCAACUGAGACACCAUAACCUGGUGCAGAUUUUGGGAUGGUGCCAUGAAAGCAGUGAGUUGCUCCUGGUUUAUGAAUUCCUGCCAAAUAGAAGCUUGGACAAGCACUUAUUUGAUGAGGAGAAGGAGCCUUUGCAUUGGGACCAACGGUAUAGAAUUUCUUGUGACAUAGCCUCUGCUCCUGUUUACCUUCAUGACGAGUUGGACAAUUGUAUUGUGCACAGAAAUGUGUAG